AUGGGGUCAGCUUCAAUUGAGCACGAAAUGCCAGCUGAAGAGGGGACUCGGCGUCGGUUUGAGAAUUUAAGAGGCGUUCAAUGGAGGAUAGAUCUUGGGAUUUUGUCUUCUCCUUCAUCUUCAAGUGUUGAUGAUCUUCGUAGAGUUACUGCUGACUCUAGAAGAAGUUAUGCUGGUUUGAGGAGGAAGCUCCUAAUUGAUCCACAUGUGUCCAAGGGCGGACGUAGUUCACCUGAUCCCGUAAUAGACAAUCCACUGUCACAAAACCCAGAUAGCACCUGGGGUCGCUUCUUUCGGAAUGCUGAACUUGAAAAAACGCUUGAUCAGGAUUUGUCACGUUUGUAUCCAGAACAUGGGAGCUAUUUCCAGACCCCUGGCUGCCAAGGAAUGUUAAGACGAAUAUUGUUAUUGUGGUGCCUUAGACAUCCAGACUAUGGUUAUAGACAAGGAAUGCAUGAACUUUUGGCUCCUUUUCUAUAUGUUCUUCACAUUGAUGUGGAGCGCCUCUCUGAAGUGCGCAAGGAGUAUGAAGACCAUUUCACAGACAAAUUUGAUGGUUUAGCAUUUCAGGAAAAGGAUCUUACGUACAAUUUUGAUUUUAAAAAUUUUUUAGAUUCAGUGGAGGAUGAAAUUGGCUCCCAUGGUAAUGCUGUCAAAGUGAAGUCUCUCAAUGAGCUUGAUCCUGAGAUACAAAUGACUGUAUUACUAACUGAUGCUUAUGGGGCUGAAGGUGAACUGGGUAUUGUCAUAUCAGAGAAAUUUAUGGAACAUGAUGCUUACUGUAUGUUUGAUGCAUUGAUGAGUGGGUCUCAUGGUUCAGUUGCUGUUGUGGACUUCUACUCUCACUCACCUGCACGUGGGUCCCAUUCUGGCUUACCCCCUGUCAUUGAAGCUUCUGCUGCUCUGUACCAUUUGCUGUCCGUUGUCGAUUCAUCUUUACACAGCCACCUUGUUGAGCUGGGUGUUGAACCUCAGUAUUUUGCACUUCGCUGGCUACGGGUUUUAUUUGGACGAGAAUUUUCACUUGAGAACCUCUUGUUAAUAUGGGAUGAAAUAUUUGCAGCAGAUAAUAAUAUCAUAUUAGACAAAGUGGCUGAAGAUGAUGCAGACUCUGGCUUUCGUAUCUUUAGGUCACCCCGGGGAGCAUUGAUCCCAGCUAUGGCUGUUUCUAUGAUUCUUCAUUUGAGGUCUUCCCUGCUUGCCACUGAGCAUGCAACUACUUGUCUCCAGAGACUGUUGAAUUUUCCUGCGAAUAUAGAUCUGAGAAAACUGAUAAACAAGGCAAAGUCUUUACAGACCCUUGCAUUGGAUUCUAAUAUGUCCUCUGUAUCUCCUCCAUUUGAUGGGAUUUAUAACCACAGUAAAUCAAUGGUGGUAAGAGGUCAUACUCAUACACUUUCAUCUGAUUCUGUUUCCCCCAAAACUCCUCUAAAUGCGAUGCCUGACAGCUAUUGGGAGGAGAAAUGGAGAGUGGUGCACAAGGCAGAAGAAGAACUCAAGCAUGAUAAUCUAGGGAAACUAAAUCCAACCCAGAAAAAACGGUGGACAGAAAAAGUAAGAUUGCACCUAUCUAGGAAAGGAUCUGCCCCAAUUCCAGUAAAAGUAGGGAGUGGGAAGAAGGAUCAGAAGUCAUCUGUUAGGCGUAGUUUGUUAGACGAUUUAUCGCGUGAACUUGGGCUGGAUGAAGAUAUUGGAAAAUCAGAUUGCCAUGAAGUUUCAGACAAGAAGGACCAUCAUACUGCAGAAGUUGAGGAAGGGGGACCAGACAAUGUUAACAAUGAUUCCACUUUCUCAACUGAGGAGAGAUCUCUUAGUGGAAAUGCAGGCAGUGAGGAAAAUUCAUCUGUGUUCUCAGACCCGUCUAGUUCUCUUAGUGGUGGUAAUGACCAAGAAAAUGACUAUGAGAAAAGUAGUGUUGCCUCAAAUAUGUCUGUUUAUGAAAAUGAUGAUCAACCUGAGGCUCUUCAGGAAGAUUCAACCCUCGCUGUUUCCCAUCCCCCUGAAGAUGCGUCUUUAAAUUCUGGGACCAACAAUGAAACUGCUGGAAAGCAGGUUGCAGUUCCUAAGGAGAGAAAGAUUCUUUCGGGUAAAUUGCAAUGGUUUUGGAAGUUUGGACGGAAUACUGCUGGUGAGGAGACAUCUGAAAAGGCAAGCGACACACUUGAGGCUACAAAACCUGGCAAUGAUGCCAGUAAUCAGAUUAAUUCAAUAGGAUCUUCAUCUGUCAAUGGAUCAUGCAACUCUUAUGCCAGUAGCAAAGGAGAAAGCACAGACCAGAAUGUGAUGGGUACUUUGAGGAACCUUGGACAAUCCAUGCUUGAACAUAUUCAGGUAAUUGAGUCUGUUUUCCAGCAAGAUCGGGGUCAGGUAGGUUCAUUGGAGAAUUUCUCCAAAAAUGUUCUAGUUGGCAAAGGACAAGUUACAGCCAUGACAGCUCUUAAAGAGCUUCGGAAAAUCAGCAAUCUUUUAUCUGAGAUGUGA